AUGCCCAAAGUGCUUUGUGCUCAAGCUCUACCGGGAGGUGGCAUGCCUUUUCAAACACCAACUUGUACGGACACUUUUAAUCUCCCCGUUGGACACUUCAACUUACCCGCUCGCCUGUGGGUGGUACAGGGUGGUCACCUUAUGAUGAACUCCAUACUUUUCCAGCAGCCGUGCGAACGCUCUAUUGCAGAAAUGGGUUCUGCCAUCACUGAGUAUAGCUCUUGGGGUGCCAAAAAGUGUGAAAAUGUUCUUCUUCAGAAUGCCUGUUACCCCUUUAGCAUCAUUGGUCGGGAGAGCCACUGCUUCGACUCACUUGGAGACGUCGUCAACUGCUACCAAUAUCUCCUUCCAACCUUGAGAGGUGCUCCGCUACUUGGUUCUCUGUCCCUUUUCUGUCACGUAUUUCCAGAUCGAAUUCUUGUAACAGAAGAACCCAGUGAAUCAAGCGUGACUUUGACUCCUUUUCUAUCAGUGUGCGAUGUGGAAAGGACUAAAGGAACAUAUUUGGAACGAGCAGCAAUUGCUUCCUUUUUUGUUACUAAAUGGGCAUAUGGUGGCACCACAGAAGGUAGCGGUUUGGGUGGUGUGUUUGAUUCACUUGUUAGCCAUCUAACAAAUGCACAUACUAAUUUUCUUCAAAAAUGGGAUCAGUUGAUUGACUUGGAGGCUAAAGAAGAUGAGGUUGUAAAGAAAGAAAUUUGGAGUUCACAAAGUUCAAAGAAUGACCUUUACGCUCCUUACUUAUCUUCUCUUGUCCUUGAUACAUCAGAACAAACCACACCAACAAACUUUUGCAAAGGAAAUCAAUUUACUUAUCACUUUGUACAUCGAGAUUGGACUUCCUUGGGCACUCACCAACAGGAUGGAGAUGCUCUUAAUAGUUAUGAUUUUCCUAUGAAAAAGUUUGAAUCCUCGCUUAGGAAUGGGGAUUAUGUGAUAUUGAGCACUGAACCUGGUGGUAUACUAAUAGCUACUGGAGUUGUUGUAGAUAUGAGUUGCUCUCGCAUCUCGGUAUCUCUUUCCAAACGCUUAAGGCUUCCAGGUAGCAGCCGGACUUCACAGGCACAAGAUCUUCAUCAGCAGUUGUGGCGAAUUCAUAAAGAUGAGUUUAUGGGUUCAUUUGCAAUUAUGAGAUUCAACCUCAUACAACUAUUUCUGCAAAAUGAGCAGAGUUCUCAUCUGAGGAAGAUGAUAGUUGAUCUGGAGGUGCCUAGGUUUGAUAGUGGAUGUCAAUUUAGUCAAGACCCCGCCAUCUCAUACAUUUGGUCGGAGAAAAACUUGAAUGACGAUCAGCGCCGAGCCAUACUUAAGAUACUUACGGCAAAGGAUUAUGCGCUGAUACUAGGAAUGCCAGGGACAGGCAAAACAUCCACUAUGGUCUAUGCUGUGAAGGCACUGUUGAUGAGAGGUUCAUCCAUUUUGCUUACCUCCUAUACAAACUCAGCUGUUGAUAAUCUGCUUCUCAAACUGAAGGCUCAGGGUAUAGAUUUUAUUCGUAUUGGAAGAUAUGAGGUUGUACACGAGGAAGUUCGAGAGAAUUGCUUAUCAAUGAUGGACACUCAUGGUCUUGAAGAGAUAAAGCAAAGGAUAGAGCAAAGCAAAGUUGUUGCUGUUACGUGUUUGGGGAUAACUAGCCCAUUGCUUUCAAACAAGAGAUUUGAUGUGUAUAUCAUGGAUGAAGCCGGACAAACUACGUUGCCGGGUAAAUUUACAAUCCAGGUAUCAUUGGGACCAUUGACAUUUGCAUCAAAAUUUGUUCUAGUUGGGGAUCAUUAUCAAUUACCACCACUCGUCCAGAGUGCGGAGGCUAGAGAAAAUGGAAUGGCAGUAAGCCUGUUCUGCCGACUCUCAGAAGCUCAUCCCCAAGCAAUUUGUACUUUGCAAAGCCAGUACCGCAUGUGUGCAGCCAUAAUGGAAUUAUCAAAUGCCUUGAUAUAUGGUCACAGAUUGCGAUGUGGUUCUUCUCAAGUAGAAAAAGCCAAAAUCAAGUACACAGCAUUGCCAUCUGGACCUACGUGGAUAAAGGAGGCUUUGAAUCCAGACAGACCUGUCGUCUUUAUAAACACAGAUUUGUUGCUUGCAUUUGAAACAAAUGACCGUAAAGCUGUAAAUAACCCAAUGGAAGCAAAUAUCAUUGCUGAGAUAGUGCCUAGGUUGUUGAGCAGAGGUAUAUUGGAGGAAGAUAUAGGCAUCAUUACACCCUACAACUCUCAGGCAGAUCUUAUCCGGCAAUCUGUUUCCACAUCAGUGGAGAUACAUACCAUUGAUAAAUACCAGGGAAGGGAUAAAGAUUGCAUUCUGCUAUCCUUCGUAAGGUCAAGUGAAAAUCCAAGAAACUAUGUUUCUUCAUUGCUUGGAGACUGGCACAGGAUUAACGUGGCUCUUACACGUGCUAAGAAGAAGUUGAUAAUGGUAGGUUCAUGCGUUACACUGUCAAGCGUGCCUCUGCUAAAACUUCUCAUAGAAAAGGUGGAAGAACAAGGUGGCAUUUUGAGCGUCUCCAAGAAGGAUAUUCAUAAACCGGAAUUGAAGAGAUGUUCCAACCUGAGAUGGUGAAGAUGGUAAAGAUGUGCCCCCCCCCCCCCCUUCCCCCAAUUUUGCUAUAUCUUAAAUUAUUGCUAAAUCCAGCCCUUUUAGGGGUUGCAUUUUUGUAUUCUAAUGCAAAUGUAAAUAUUAAUCUCUGCGACACCAAGCCAUCCACUCUUGUGUGAAUAAUAGUAAAAGUUCCUGGGUGAAAUGAAAUUGUUCAAGGUUAAACUUCACAUUUCACGAA